CUGGUGUCACUGGGCAGGCAGAGUCUGUGACAAGUCACAUACAUGCGAGGGACCGGAGAUGAGAGGAGGACAAUCAGCUGUAUCCUCUUUGAAACAGGAGGGACACCAACCCUACAAAUCCAUUACAGCGAUUACAUCAUUCUGAUAACAACAGGCAUUCAACUGAAUACUUGAUCAAUGGGGAACUGCCAGGAUUCGGUUCAAAAAAGGAGGAAGACGUUGUGAUGAUGGAGAAGAAGCCGCCAAAUAACAACUGAAAAAGAGCAUGAGGAGAAGAAGAGGAACUCGGUUUUCAUGGGAUCUAAAUGAACACAGAACUCCACCAUGCGGAGGAGAUCGAUACGUCGGAAGUUGCCCGUCUUGAUCGCCGCCUUCUUCUUCAUUCUCUACGUGGAUUUUCAAUUAAGCACGAGCAGCCAUCCCAAAGUGAGCGUGGCCCCGGCCAAGGGGCCCCCGCGGGACCCGGCUCCCAGCAGGGGACCCCCGCCCUCCGAAGGGGCCCCGCGUGCUGCCGCGUUGACGCUGGAGGACGUCUACGUCGCGGUGAAGACCACCGGGAGGUUCCACCGGACGCGCCUCGCGCUCCUGCUGGCGACGUGGAUCUCCAGGAUCAAGGCGCACACGUUCAUUUUCACAGACGUGGAGGAUGAGGAGUUACAGUCAAACGGUUACAACAUGGUGGUGACGGGCUGCCAGUCAGAUCACAGUCAGCAGGCUCUUUCCUGCAAGAUGUCCGCCGAGUACGACGGCUUCAUGGCCUCGAACCACCGGUGGUUUUGUCAUGUGGACGAUGAUAACUACGUGAACCCGGAGGCCCUCCUCGCCCUCCUCUCAACCUUCCCCCAGGACGCCGACAUCUACGUGGGCAAACCCAGUCUGGACAAGCCCAUCACUGCUCACGAGCUGCUGGAGGGCAACGCCACGAGGGAAGUGCGGUUCUGGUUCGCCACGGGCGGAGCCGGGUUCUGUCUGAGCCGGCGGCUGGCGGAGAAGAUGGCUCCGUGGGCCAGCGGGCCGCGGUUCGAGAGGACGUCGGCGACCAUCCGUCUCCCUGACGACUGCACGGUGGGCUUCAUCGUGGAGAAGAGGCUGGGCAUCUCCAUGGUCCACUGCCCUCUGUUCCACUCCCACCUGGAGAACCUGCUGCUCGUCAGCCGCCGAAGCAUCCUUCACCAGGUGACUCUGAGCUAUGGGAUGUUUGAGAACAAGAUGAACAGCAUCGAGGUGAAAGGAGGCUUUUCUAAAGCGGACGACCCCUCCAGGUUUAAGACGGUCCACUGCUUGCUGUAUCCCUUCACCAGCUGGUGUCCUUGAACUCCUCCAUAGAAGACCUCCGCCCGGGUGGAGUACUUCACCUGUGUGUUGUCUCCUCCAGGAGAGAGCAGAUGGAUGUCGGUCAGAGACGUACGGCAGGCGGUUUCCUCUGCCUGCUCACGAGAGAUGAAAGUGAGGUUCUUCUCUUCUUCCCCGGACAGACGACAAGCAGACAAGACAGUGCAGCGCUUAUGGUUUUCACAGGAAUUUCAACAAAAAUCAAAGGAAUCUUUGUAAAUUGCACAGACAAUUUUCCACGGACCUUGACUCUGAUACAUAUUUGGUCUGUUGGCAUCCAGGACUUUAACGUAGCGUCCCUCAGUCGUGCAUGAAGGUCCCACGCCUUCCUAGUGGAUUCCUAUUGCUCCUCCUGCGGCUCCCUUUCAGCUGACCGAUGUUAGCAGCGUUAGCCGCUAGCUGCCCGGCGGCAGCCGUCGCCAUGUUGAGAGCCGUAAGGAGUCAAUCGAUGGUGCACGCAGCACGAGGUCGCCGCCGUCGCCUGAUUUACCUCCAGGUUGAAGUUGCCAAAUUUAUUUCAGUUUUCUUUGAUUUGUUGUUUUUGGCCUCGUGUGUGUGUGUGUGUGUUUUUAUGAAGGGGACGGUGUCCUUGUGCCGAUGGAGUCUGCACACAAUAAACAAUUCUGACCUGCAUCUCCCUCCUCA